AUGCCGUUGUUGUUCACCGACCCACCGUCGUCACCGCCGCCGAGGCCGAGGACCACGCCGUUCGUCGUCCCCGGCAGCUGCACGGGCAACUUCAACUCGACGACCACGGUUAGCGGCACUUUGAUGUACAUCAUCGACACGGCACCAGACGAGGCCGCCUGCAACCACGGGCAGACGCCGACGCGGACCACGGAUAUUGACCUGGCACUGACCUUCAGCCCCGGCGUGUGCCCGUCGGCGUGGACCGCGUACCAUCUCCAGAUCGCCACCACCGGCAGCGGAAAGUCGCGCCAAUCGUCCGCCUGGUGCUGUCCUAGCGGCUUCCUGCCCAGUAGCCGCAGCGGCGGCAAAGCCUGCGCGCAGACCGUCGCCGCCAACACGUCCUCCUCCGGGUACGACUUCUACCCCGCCGCCACCACCACGCAGCGCCUCGCAACGCCGUGGAUCGUCACCUGGGCCGCGUCCGACACGCGCACCAUGAGCCCGCGCCCACCGAUCCUCGCCGGCUCCUGCACCGACGCCGAGAUCGCCGGCUCCUGCACCGACGCCGAGAUCGCCACGUGGACGCCCGGCGCGACCGUCCUGCCCGCGGACCGCUGGUGCCACGCAGACUCGUCGCGGGACUCGGACCUUGGCCUGCUCGGCUCGCCGCUGUUCUGGUUCCUGGUUGUCGGGGUGCCGCUGAUCGUGAUCGGGGUGCCGAGCAUCGUCUGCUGCUGCGUGUGCCCCGGGAUCACACGGAGGAAGAGGCUGGCGCGGGAGGCGCAGAUGCAGGCGCAGGCGAGGGCGGCGCUGGUGCCUGCGCCGACGGAGGUGGUGGUGCCGCCGCCGGGGCUGGCAAAGGUGCGAGAAGGGUGA